GCCCGAAAUUGCCUCACAUACAUGCUAGAUUUUAUUGUAAUGCAAAUGAGCAAAGGUUACCGUGAAAAGGGCUAUUCUAAAAGCAGUCUUUGUCACGGAAAGUUAAUUCUAGGACUGUGUAAGUAGUUAUUUAUUUAUUUGCCUCAUUUUGUUUUUAUUUUAUUUUAUUUAUUUAGGUUUAUGCUGUUGUUGUUGUUUUUUUUCUUUUAAAAUAAUGUAUCAUGAAACCCGCCUUUAUUCGGCAAUGCUAUAACAGGGUAUCUACAUCAAAACUUUACACUGCAUGGGAAUUAAAAACAAAAACCGAAAGUGUGUUUGUUUGUUUAGUCUGUGUGUUUAAGAAUUGGUAAGCGGAAACAAGGUUUGAUAAUUUAUCAUUCUCGAAAGGAAGUACCUGACUUGUCUCUUCAACCCGCCAGUCAGGGUUUUUUAAUCAGACACUGUCAAAUUAAUUAUUUUGGUGAUCUUUCAGGUAAUAUAAAAGGUGUUAGAAAAAAUAAUCUACCUGCACUAUUGCAUGACGUUUUCCUAGCCUUUUUCUUUGUUAUUCAAAUCAGCCGUUGCUGGUUUUAGAGAAGAGUGAAAUUUCCAGAAAAUAAACAAGAUUGCUUUUAGAAAUUUAGUUUUAGGUUAAGGAUUGAAUCGAAUUAUAAAACUCUUAAAUUUGUUGUAGUCAUUAGUUUCUCAACUAUCUUUUCUUUAAAUCUGUUCUGGAAUAAUUAUACCAAAUCUACUUUAUAUUUUAGGUUUGGAAACGUCUUUUUUAAUCAGUGCUUCGUACGAUCGAUUUUUUUAUUUUGGCUACGCUGAUUUAAUAACAUCAUCUCUUUGCGAAGACAGAGAUUAAAUAUACCCACCAUCCACUCAGGGUAGCAAUUUUCAAUACUGUCAAGCUCGCGCAGAAAUGAAAUGGGUCGCUGCGUUUCUGUGCCCUGUUGCUAUUCUUAUGCAAGUUUCUAAUUUUCAUUUUGUGGCCAUGCUAUGAAAACACGAUGUUUGCGCUUUUAAUAAUUGACUUUACAUAACACACACAAGCCGUCAGUGGUUUCUAAUAGUUUGUCCACUGUGUUAACCAAUCACAGUCCUUUGCAUUCCGUUAUGAGCAAACAUACCUCUCUUUCACUGUGAAGCCCCUUAUUACUUCAUUCAUGAAUAAUGAAUUGACUCGCGCCUUUUACCGAGCAGGUGCCUUGAAAAUCAACCAAUUUAUAUUGUUGUUUCUCGCGGACCACUCUCAAAGAUUUCAGUUCCAACCUGAAAUUUUCGUUUUGUUUUGACUAUAGUCUGGUCAAUUGAAUCUUAAGAUGAAACGAUUAUUAGAACACACAGUUUAACAUUUUGCAAUCAAUAACGCUUGCCAGAGUGGACAUUUUUCUGACCGCAAUAAUAAUAUGAACACUUUGGGAGGUUUAGUGAUCUCUAUCCUGGUCAUUACGGUCCUAAUUCUCAUAAUUUCAAAGCAGCCACUGGCUGAAGAAUUAUUCUGCUCAGAUCAGGAAUUUUAUUUUGAAUUUCCUAACGUUCAGCCAAAUGUUAGCAUUGACCGAGAUACAGACAUUGAAGCUUUCACCAUAUGCUUGUGGUUAAGUACCUCUGGUGCCUCGAACCUUGGAAUUUUACGCUACACUGACCAGUCGACGUCGAAUGUCCUUAUUGCCUUGUCUUUAAGCCCUGGAGGGCAUCUAGAUUUUUCGCUCUUUGGCGAAGAUAGGCAACUGCAGGUAUUACCCGGUGUUCAGGCUGGCAAUAUGCAUGGUCUGUGCGUGACGUGGCAAAAAGAAGACGGCUUCUUUAUGGUUUAUUAUGACGGCAGGUUACUUCUGACUGGAGUUGACUUUAAAACCAGAAACCUACUAUCGUCGAAGGGAGUCCUUACGUUGGGAAUUGGAGCACAAGGUCGGGUGUUAUACACAGGCAGGUUAAGUCAUGUAAAUGCAUGGCCGUCCGUUUUGGACCACCCCCAACUGGCUGUUCUUUCUUCCAAGUGUGGAGUGCAACGCGGGGAACUUGUUUCGUGGCCGGAGUUUAAGCAGGGUAUAUAUGGUGGUUCUGCGAUGGAAGGACCAAGUUGCCCUUUUACCGAGACUGACGUAACAGAUGAACUGAAGCACUGGAGGCUUGAUGGAAGCGAUAACGAGCUGAGGUUUAUUUCCUUAUUGUUUUGUCGGCUUUAACGUUGACCAUAGGGAUCGUUUCUCUAUUCAUAGUUAUCGUUAUUCUCUUCUUGAUAACACUUUCUACCUAUUCCCC